CGAAGGGACAAGCUUCGCGCAAUCUGAUGCAGUAGAAAACAAUCCAAUCCAAUCCAAUCCAAUCCAACUCGAUUCGAUUCGAUUCGAUUCGAUUGAAUGAUUGAUUGAAUUCUGUCCCGAGGAGGCCGUACAGGAAUUUCAUAAUCUAGCGAAUUAGAAGGUAUAACCAAAAAAACAGAUUCAAGAUGGCUAAAAAGGCAAGCGAAAAGAAGGGGGCAAAGAUCUUCAAGACCAAGUGCUCGCAGUGCCACACAGUCGAGCAGGGCGGGGCUCACAAGCAGGGACCCAACCUGUACGGAUUCUAUGAGAACACCUCUGGGUCGAUGGAGGGUUAUUCCUACUCGACCGCCAACAAAAAGGCUGGCGUCACCUGGACCGACGAGAAUAUCUUCAAGUAUCUCGAGAACCCAAAGAAGUUCAUGAAGGGCAACAAGAUGGUCUUUGCAGGUCUCAAGAAGCCCCAAGAUCGACAUGACAUCAUUGCUUACCUCAAGAAGACUUGCAAGGCAUAAAUUUGAUACUCAAAAACAGUAGCAAAAAUGCGAUAAAAAUGGAAAUUCUUUUCAUCUUACCUCGUUCCUCAUCAAAUAAAUCGACGAAUAUGGACGACGAUCGAAACAAAUAACAGGGUCUUAAUAAUUGAGGUGCUUAACC